AUAAAUUCGUUUGUAUUGUGUUAAGGUGUUUAUCAGUGUUUAGUUUGCAUUUCUGUUUUUGUCUUCAUCGAUGUGCAUAUAAUUAGUAAAAAUACUUUUGUAGCGCUCGACACAAGCAGUCGCAUAAAACCACCCAGGAAUAGGAAAAUAAUAAGUUCAUGUCUUCUCAUAUCUUGCGCUAUAGAAAUGGUCAAAGUGUAAUUAAAAAUUAGUUUAUUCAAAAAACGUAUAAACCAUUAUAUAAUAAAAACCAGUGAUAAAAAAAAAACUAAAUGCAAUCGAUUUGACUUCAUUUGUAUCACAUCUGAUCAAAUAAGAACGCUUUUGGGAACUAAGCUAGUUCUCCAUAACGUAAUAAAUGUUUACAUUAAUAGCUUUCGGUGCAAUAAAUACAUAGUUUAACAGAAUAGCUUACUAAUAAAUCACGUAAAAGAAAAAUUAAGUAAAUACUGGUUUAAAAGUGUAAACAAUUCUUUAAAUAAAAUACUAUAUAAUUAAUAUUUUGUAUUUAAAUAUACCGCCAAAUUGGCUUCGCAAAGUUCUUUCCUCGAUAUUUACAUUAUGGCCUGGGAACAUGGCAGCUCUCCGGUGGAUUGGUGUGAGGGAAAUUAUCUGAUAUCUUCAAAUAUAGCAGAAUUCGUGAAUACGACAAGUAAUUUUCUGUUUCUGCUCCUGCCGCCAGUGUUGAUAUGUUUAUUUAAGGAGUAUGGGCGUUUCGUAACACCUGGUAUACACGUCCUCUGGGUUCUACUUAUAAUAGUGGGUUUAAGCUCAAUGUACUUCCAUGCAACGCUCAGUUUAAUUGGUCAAUUACUUGAUGAGCUGGCGAUUUUAUGGGUUUUUAUGGCUGCUUACUCAUUGUUCUUUCCAAAAAAGUAUUAUCCAAAAGUCUUCCGUAAUGACCGGAAAACAUUCAGCGUGUUCAUGUUUCUUUCGGCGAUUUUUGCGACGGGCAUGUCGAUUUGGAAGCCCAUAGUUAAUGCGUUUGUACUAAUGGCUAUGGGCGUGCCAACAAUGAUAAUGAUGUAUCGUGAGCUGCAAAGAGUGCGAGAUCAGCGUGUUUAUCGGCUAGGCUUGCGUUGCACCGCCGUUUGGCUGGUUGCAGUUUUCUGUUGGAUCAACGACCGAAUGUUCUGCGACGCUUGGUCGGCUAUUAAUUUUCCAUAUCUACAUGGUUUUUGGCAUAUAUUCAUAUUCAUCGCUGCAUAUACGGUUUUAGUUUUGUACGCGUACUUCUAUGUCGAAACCGAGUUGCCACAACGCCAACCGAUGCUAAAGUAUUGGCCUAAAAACGAUUUCGAAUUCGGCAUACCAUUCAUAUACAUACGAAAUCCGGGCAUGACCAUCAAGAGUGCCAUCUAAAAAAUAUAAAUACUUAUGUACAUACGAGUAUACAUACAUAUAUUAUAUAUAUAUAGCUAUACAUAAUUAGUUUCACCGAGGAUGCGCCGCUUAGAAAUUAAAAAGUAGAUCAAAAAGACAAAUACAAAUGUUAUAUAUCAAUUUUACAACACAUUUUUAUUAGUGCAAAAUUAUUAUGCAUAAGUUUAAGCAUGCAUACAUAGUACAUGUGUAUGUAUGUAUGUUUCAAAAUGUCAGAAUAGCUUAUAAGUAUUACCUGUUGUAGCUGCGAAAGUACGAAAUUAUAGAUUUAGCUGCAAUAGAGAGUGUAUGUAGGUACAUAAAUAUAAACUACAUAUGUAUGAUGCCAAAUUUAAUUGUAUUCGUCUAACACUUGGCAGUUGUAAAUGAAAGCAAUUAGUUUUUUCUAAAAAUACCCUCUAACAAGAAUGACUAUAUUUUCCAUAUAAAGUUGCGGUGACUGUUUGCGUUUGUGGUUAACCUGUACGAAAAGUGUCAUCUUUAUUUCUAAUAAUUGGCUAAAUAUUGUAUAAAUGUGUUAUGUAGAAUAUAAUUUAGUUAUAUACAUUGAAAAGCUUUUUUAAUACCUAAGUUUAUCUGUUUUCAAUUAGUAUGCAAUAUAUAGCGUUGUUCUAAGAAAUACAAUAAAUAAUUAAUUUAUUUAAAUAGCUAUUAAAUUGUGCUCAAACCAAAUACUAAAUUAGUUUUUAACAAAAUACAUAUAUGUAUGUAUGUGUUUUAGCACCAAUCUGAUUGUAAUCCACAAACCAGCUAAAUCUUUCAUUUCAUUUCAUAUUACAAUGAAAUAUUAUUAUUAUUAUUUUAUACCAUAUUAUAUAUCUUCCAAACCAGGAUUGCGCGUUUUUUAAUUUAAAAACAUUUUUAUUUAAAAACUAUAUUUUAAAUUUUGAAUAAAAAUUGUUUUAUUUAAAAUCUAGAUUUAUAAUUUUUAAUACCAAUUUCAAUUCGAUUUCGAAUUUUUAAUUCCGGCUUUGGAAUUAUCUAAAUCAAAACUAAAAAUUUAAUUUUUAAUUUUGUGAUAUAAAAAAAAAUUUAAUUGAAAACUUCUUGAUUUAAAAACUAGAUAUUCUAAGUCAGAAUUGAAAAUUUUAUUGUAUAUUUUGAAAAUUAAAAAAAAAAAUUAAAUGUUUGAUUUCAGUUGUUUGAGUCUAAAAAAAUAAGAAAAUAUUUUGUAAAUUAAAAAUUGGAGUCACAAAAAAAUAUUUUUCAAAUGAAAAGAUUGGAUAAAGGGCUAAAGAAGGAAAUAUUUACAUAUUUCUAAUUAAAACACUAUAAUUAAAAACAAUUAAAUAUAAAUAAGAUAAAGAGUUUCGAACUAGUUCAAAUUUGUGUAAAAAAGAGCUUUCAUUUUCAUAUGUUAACCAUGAUGGUGUAACAAAGUUGUAGUAGAAGUAUGCAAACGAGUAAAAUCGUAAUUUCUAAAACAAUUACUUUUCUAAAUUUGAAUUAUAAACAUGAGUUUCAAAUUUUCUUGUUAUUUUUCAAUCCAGUAUUUUUUGUAAUUCCAAAACCCGGAAUAUAAAUUGGAAAUGUAGUAAUGCUCACAAAUACCGGGUUGAAAAUAAAAUUUUAAAAUCGUAAUAAAAAUUAAAUUUUUAUUUGUUUAUUUAUCUACCCGGUAUUUGGGAUUAAAAAUCCCAUGGAUUUGGGGUUACAAAUAAAAAAAUAUUUUUAAAUCACAUUUUCGAGAUUACAAAAUCAAAUCAAAUUUAAAUUUCUAAAACAAUUAUUUUUUUAAUUUUCAUUUAUAUAUGUACAUGAGUUUAACAUUUCCUCUUUAUUUUUUAGUUCGGUAAAAAAAAUUAAAAAUAAAACUUUUAAUCCGGUUAUUAAUAAGUAUUUCAUUUUUAGUUUUUAAAUCCGGUUUUUGAAAUUACUUUUUUUUUUUAAUUUUAAUAUUAAAAAUCCCUAUUACAUGUUUAUGUUGGAAAUUUAAAAUUAUUUUUAAUUAAUAUUUUCGAAAUUAAAAAAUCAAAAAAAGUUAUAAUUAAUAAUUUUUAAUGCAAUAUUUAUGACCCUGAUUAAUAUUAUUCUAAAAUUUUACUAUUUUUUCUAAAAACUACCAAAAAGAGUUUGACAGAAAAAUCAAAAAUUAAAAUCGAUUGUGAUAUUUCUUUCAUUAUUAUUUUUAUAAAAACCUCCUAUACAUACAUAUGUAUGUAUAAAACUCUUAUGGAAAUAAUUACAUAAAAUGACCAUACAGCCCUCUUAUUUAUAUUAUAAAUGUGUGAUUGCAUCCAUUAAGUUCCUAAAGUUUAUAGUGAUGUUAACAAAAAAACUUGAUAUUCAUACUUUUAGUUACUAUGGCUAAAAUUUACAGUUUACUGAAUAAAUUUUAAAAAAUUCAUUAUUUGAUGUUCUACAAUACAGUAUGAGUAGUUUUGCGAAUUUAUGCACUCAGUUUGACAUUUUAAGAAAAGGAAAUGUCAAUAACAUAACAUUAAUUUUGCACACAUCUGUAUUUCUCUCAUGGUUUUUUGCAGUAGAUAAAGAUUUUAAACCAUUUCUUUUUCAACUUUUAUUGCUUACAUUUAUCAUUCGCCCAUAAAAUUAUUUAUACCUUAAAAAUUAAAUUAUAUUUAUAAUACAUUACAUACAUAUAACCUCUAAAAGGGAUAAAAAUUUUAAAUUUAUUUUCUGCAGCGAGCCAUUUUUUAAAAUGCAAAUUUAACAAUCUGUGUUUACAGAAUACAUAUUAAUUUAUAUUUGUAUAAAUAUCGUGAAAUAUCUUAUCAACUUUUAAUACAUUUCCGGAGUUUCUCUACAAUUUUUCACAAGUUAGCCAAUACAAAAGAGCAAGCAAAUAGAUAACAGUAUUACUCAUUCAUUCUUUUUUUAUGAAAUCACUAAAAAGAACGUCUAAACUACAAUACUAUUUCAGCUUUUAUAGAUAUGUAAUAAGUAGGCACUGAUAAAUGAUAUCUUUCGAUAACAUCAAAAUUAUAACAAAAAAUU